AUUUGCCUCGCAUAAAAACGCACCACAUUUCUUUACAGGUGAACCUGAUCACCUCAAUUUAAACAAAUAAUCUUGAAACCGAUUCUCCUUCAUUUAAUAAUAACAUCAGUCAGGUACUCUCGUAUAUUCGCUACAAUAAAAAAGUACCAUAAGAUGUUAUUUAUUCAAACGCAAGUGCCAUACGACGCAUAAUAAUUCGGCCCAAUCUUUUGUUGUUCUUUACAUCAGGAAGAGUUUCCACAAAUAUUUUUUUAACCGGUUUUACGUCAUUAUUGUGUUAAAUUAUUCCCAGUCUAGACGCGACUUUAAACAACAAAAAGAUGCUCUUCUCACGCAGAUAUUGUAUCGCCUUAUUGAUAAUUAUUUACGUUAAAUCGAUUAUUUGGGUUGAGUGUUCGGUCAAAUAUGGGAAUAACGCCUGUAGGACCCUGGAGGACUAUCGGACCGUUUAUAGGAAUAAAAAUUGCACGCAUAAUCCUGACGUGGGAUCUUCACCGAGAAUUAUAGCGAAACGUUAUGGAUAUUCAUUUGAAAAACACCAAGUGAUCACCCAAGAUGGUUAUAUUUUAACUUUACACCGCAUCCCAUCCAAAAAUCAAUCGACUGAAGGAAGAAGUCAACCUGUUUUGAUAGUCCAUGGACUAGCAGGUGUCUCCACCUUCUGGAUCAUCCAGAAAAAACGAUCCAUCGCAUUUUUCCUGUCUAAUAACGCAUAUGACGUUUGGUUAGCGAAUUUGCGAGGUAACUACUACUCCGACAGACACGUCAAUCGGUCCAUAAGUGCUGCGGACUAUUGGAACUUUAGUUUUCAUGAAAACGCCAUCUACGAUAUACCGGCCUGUAUAGACGUCAUAGCGGAAAAGACUGGUGGGAGAGGUGACUUGAUUUAUAUUGGACAUUCCAUGGGCACCACGAUCUCUUACAUUUAUUCAUCGCUGAUGAGCCAACAUGCCGAGAAAAAUGUGAAAAUUAUCAUUUCUUUAGCUCCGGUUGCUUAUAUGGGACACGUCAAGGGCGCAUUUGGGUUAUUAGCCCCCUCGGCCCCAUUUUUUGCCAAUAUUUUGAGGUCAAAAGGCAUCCACGCGCUAUUUGAGGGCCACGCCCUUCAACGAUUAGUGCUCGGCAAUGUGUGCGGAAAAUAUCCUUUUAUAGUGUCCUGUAUGGAGUUAAUACAGUUUGCGUCUGGCUCUUCGCCUGGUCAAUUACAACCGGAAUUAAUCCCGGUAUUGUUCGAUAUAUAUCCAUCGGCGGUCAGCCUGAAGACGUUCCUGCAUUUCUCGCAACUGAUCACGUCCGGAGGUAAAUUCCGAAUGUACGACUAUGGAUUGAAAACGAAUCAAUUGAUCUACAACUCCACGUCACCACCAGAGUAUGAUGUCAAAAAAAUUAAUAUUCCUAUCCGCUUGUUUGUUGGAACUAGCGACGUCGUUGCUCCCAUUACGGACGCCAAAGCUUUAGCUGAUAAUCUCAGGCAAGACCUUCAUAGGACGUACAGUUUCCCAUACGCCCACAACGAUUUCUUCAUGGGAAAACACGUGGACGAGUUCUAUAAGACCUUAUUGGAUGUCAUAAGGAUGGUACUGCUGGUAUAUUGGUUGAUCCUUCCCUAUGCCCUGGCACAACAUGACAACAACGUUUGCAGCACUUACGAGGCAUACUUUGAUAAUAAGAAUACCAAUCCCAAGUGUUGGUUCGAUCCAGACGUGGAAGCUGACCAAGACGUUCGAGCGGCGAACCACGACCUCGCCCUUGAACACCACCACGUCCGUACCAAAGACAACUGGAUCCUGACAGCUCUCCGUCUGAAAUCCCUCGACGGUACCUACGGAAAGCAGCCGGUACUGCUGAUGCACGGUCUUGGUAGCGAUGCCUCCCAGUACACCGUAAACGGGAAUAAAUCGAUCGCCUAUUUCUUGGCCAGGCAGGGCUUCGACGUGUGGCUCGGGAACUUUCGUGGAACCGAGUUUUCUGAGCACACCGUCUGGACGAAACGCGAUAAUGAAUUUUGGGAUAUUUGUAUUGACGAUCAUGGCCUCCAAGACCUCCCAAGCUACUUUAAGUACAUCAAAAAUAAAACCAAAAGGAAACUGAUUUAUAUGGGACACUCCAUGGGCGGUACCGCUAUGGGGAUGUAUCUGUCUACAGAACCUGACGAGGCUGUAGGGCUUAUUAAACACACCAUAAUGCUAAGCCCAACGUUUUAUAUGAGAGACUCGAAAGGAAUCUUCACCAUGAAAUACAUUCAAGCUUUCUACAAUUUAUUGCCUCUGGUGCCCAGUAUUAACGUGCGAGUCCUCUUCGAAAUCGACAGUAUCGAGAGGAAUUUUCUACUUGACUUUUGCCAAAGGAGCUACAAAAACCUUAUGUUGUGCGUUGAUCUUACAAAAUUAAUCGGUGGUUACGGUGGAUACCCUUUGUCACCAGAACGACUUUAUAUAGGAUUUAAAGUGAUGAAAAACUACAGUUUUAAAGACUCCUUUCAUUACGCCCAAUUAAUUAAAACGGGGGAGUUCAGAAAGUUCGAUUAUGGCCUUAAGGGCAAUUUAUUGCGAUACAAUUCAACCGUUCCGCCCACCUACGACUUGUCAAAAAUGACAACUGACAUGUCGUGGAUUUGUGGCAGGUAUGACAGUUUGGCCACUUGGAAGGACUGCUCGGACAACUUCGCGAAGUUCAAGAAACCCAAUUGGAAUAUUUACAAGAUCGAAUAUAAUCACAUUAACUUUUUGAUUGAUAACAGGUGUAGUGAUAAGAUCAUGUUGCCGUUGCUGUUGCAUAUUAUGAAUAAAGCUCGUUGAUUUUGG